UUUUGAUGUCAGUUGCAGAAACAACAUUAGAUUAUCAGGUGCCUUUGUGUUUUAAUCGAUAUACCUUUAUAUACAGGACCGUAAAUUUAUUCAAAACCUCCAACAAUUUAUCGUAUUAAAUUCUUGAUGUAAUUGCUACCUUGUCAAAAGACGCCUCGAGGCUAUGACGCCUUGGUUUCAUAUCUUUUACAUUUAAUUCGCAUUUCACUAGCACACGACGGUCUAAGAAUGGUAUUUGUUAUACAAUUUUAGCAGCUCUUCUCAGAAAUAUUUCGAUUUAACUGACCGAAUAUAGAUUUUCAAGGUUUAGGGCAUAAUGUGGAAGUUUUUGCUGCUUUGGGUCAUAUCUAAUGCAGCAGCUGAAUUAAAGACAGAACCAAUUGUUGAAUUGAGAUGGGAUUUCAGCAGUUGUGGGCUAACUGGACGAAUCGGACCAACACAGAAUCAAUGCGACCAGGCAUACACAGACACGAAUCUUGCUGAUGACGUAACGGUAGAAUACGGAUUGCAAACAUGGACAGUACCUAUUUCGGGACUCUACCUUAUAACAGCCAGGGGACCGUCAGGCCUUGGUGUGUACGGUCGAGCUGUCGGAAGGGGGGGUUUAGUGACGUCAGAGUUCCGACUUAACCAAGGGGAAAAGUUGCAAAUAUUAGUUGGUCAAAAAAGCAGUUACACGCCAUCUAGUGGUUCAACGAGAGGUCCGGGUGGUUCAGGAGGAACAUUUGUUACACGAGUGUCAGAUUCCUAUGUUUUGAUGGUCGCCGGUGGUGGUAGCUCAAGUGCUGGAAGGAAUCCACCACAGACGAUGCGGAAUUACGCCGACGCUGCUUUGGUGCCUGGCGGGAAACCAGGCACCCCAACCCCGGGAAUUAUUGAUCAAAACGCCGGCGUCGCUGGAACAAACGGCUCCGGCGGCGCGUUCGGUGUUAUGCGCGUAAAUGGGAUCAGUUCUUCUGGCGGAGGGGCGGGAUACCUAGGUAACGGGGAUCUUAACCGGGUAAAGCAGGGAGAGCUUACGAACGUGGAUUAUCCGAAACCUGCUUACAGUUACACAUCCAAAAGGCGCACUGUUCGGGGCCAGGGUGGAUUCUUUCAAUUCAUUGACGGCUUACCCCGUUUUAACCACGGAGGGUUUGGUGGGGGUGGGGCUGGUAGCUCUGAUGGGGGCGCAGGUGGUGGGGGUGGGUAUUCUGGUGGGGCUGGGGGCCCACCGGUUGGAUGGGGCGGUGGUGGGGGGUCGGUAAACAACGGGGAAAUGUCGAAGAAGUUAAGUUAUAACGAUGGAGAAGGAUCAGUGACCAUUAGUUUUAUCGGUUACGCUUGCUGUGGUCCAGUCGUUGUGUAUGUGGGGAUGUGUUUUGUAGCUGGAAUCAUCGUGACAGUUUUGAUCGUCUUCUUGGUUUACCGAUGCUCAAAGUGUAUAAAGAAGUAUCAGGGAAAGGAGAGAAAGUUUUGGGGCAAAACGAAAAAGGGAUUUUACUCGUUUUUUAAGGGUAAUCAAGAAGUAGAGAACUUUGCAAUGAGGCACUCUCGUGAGUUGAGCCAUAAUGACUAUAACCCUUCACGAUCACAUGAAAACGGGGGUUGGAAUUCACGAGACAGAGCUGGCGAUGCGCGAAAAAACGGGCGUGAAAACUAUGAGGAAGAGAAGAGAUCUCGUUCGUCGGAUGAGAGAAUUUAUGAAAAAAGAAGGCAGCGGGACAGAUCAUCCGAGAGAAGGAGAAGAAGAAGACGAAGUUAUUCAUCAUUGGAAUCACACUCACGGAAAAAUAAUUCUGAUGUUUCGAAUAAUUCAAGUCACGACAACAAUCGCUCACAUAGACGCAAACGUCGUGAAAGACGAAGACGUAGAAGUUACAGCAGUGACAGUUUCUAAUCAAAUUCAACGCAAGUCCCGUUUGCUUGGCUUUAUAUACUGGCUUGGAAAAUAUAAUAUUUUCAAGCAAUCUCUUUUCACACUAACUUUGGCCAACGUUUUCUUUUAUGUACAUAAAUGAAACUUAGUUUUUACCGACA